AUGAUGGUGGCUGCACAGAGAAAUCUGACCUGUUUCCGAUGUAACCCUCUUCCCACAUCUUCGAGGGCUUUGUUCAGUACAUCCAGCGCUCUUUAUGAAGUUUGAUGCACUGAGAAUAUCAUAAAAAGAAGAACUUUCAAGGAUGAGAAGAAGAAAAAGAUCUGGCCGUUUCACCUGACAAUGUCCGAGGAUCAGAAAAAACGCAAAGAGGAGAAGAUUGAAGAAAUGAAACAGGUUCUUUUCGUUCAAAAUUUCGAAUAAAAACACAAAGUAUCAAGAUACACAUUUUCGGGUUUCGUAUAAAAUAAAAUAAAAACUUCGUUAGUUUUGGGGCUAACUUUACUUCGAAGACGUUCCUUUUCUUUUUAUAUGCUUGUUCUCUAGUAAGCGGUGAAUCAACCAGUCCGUUAAUUGCUUUGAAACGAUAAUAAAUUGAAGGCUCCACGUUUAGAAAAAUGGCGAAAAAGGGCUCUUCAUUUCCUCCAUGUCUUUCUCAACUUCGUGAUUAUGAAACUAGACUAGAAUUUGAUGAAAUCAAACCGGAAUUUUGAAGGAAGAACCACCGAAGACGCUAUUUGCCAAAGUGAAGUACUACUUCAAAAGGUACUGGUACAUCGCAGUCCCCGCCCACGCCGUCUCUUGCUCCGCCUGGUUCGCCGCCAUGUACGCCAUCGUUCACAGGUUUUUUUUAUUUAUUCAUCUUUUUUCUUGAUCGAAAAUGCUUCAAAAAUACUAUUUUUUUAAAAAAAUAUAGAAAGCUCAAAUAAUAGUUUUUUUAUGUUUGUAGGAGUAUCGAAGUAAGUUUUUGAUAAAUAAAAUAUGUUUUCGUCGUUUAAAUUGAGUACAUUUCUUAUGCCGUGUUCAAAGUAUUUUCCGCGAAAUGCGAAAUGGUCUCUGACCCUCCAAAAUUCAGUUAUCUUUCUCUUUCUCUGACGGCUAUUUUGAAUUUCGCGGAAUCACUUUGAACACGGCAUUACAAGGAGAGUCAAAAUGUCUCAAAAGGUAAGUUUGAGAAGUUCAUACGCAUGAAAAACGUUCGAAUAACUCAAAAUGAUAAAUUUCAUCGAAUCGAACAUUUUUCUAGUGGCGUCGAUGUGAUAUGGCUUCUGGAAACUCUUCACAUUCCCGAUUUGGUCGUGGAAAAAGUUCGAAAUACUCCUCCGGCGGCCGGAGAACUUGUCGUUGCUUUCAUUCUUUACAAGGUUAUAAACAACCUUUAGCUUGUGAAAUUUUGAUAAUUCAGUCAGAACAUUCUCCGCCUUUGUUUUUGAAUUUUUAUAAUUUUUCCUUGUUUUCUUCAGAUCUCGAUGUUUUCCUAUGCAAUUAUGGUAUUGUUUUCGAGAUUCAACCUUUUCAGUUUUUCUUGAGAGACCUAAUCCAAUGUUAUAGCUCGUUUUUUAAAUUCUACGACAUUGUUCACUUUUUAUCUUUGUUUUGGCAAGUAAUUAUUCAGGUUGUAAUGCCGAUAAGGUACGCGACAACGCUGGUUCUGAUCCAGUUGUCGUUCUGGACACUAAGAAGGAUGGGAAAACUCCGGACAGCGAGAGAAGUCGAGUACAAGGUCUGUAAUACUUUUUCCUAAAGUAGGCCAGAACACUUUUUGUUUUACAUUAAGCUUCUGUAAGUCUCAACUUUAUAUUUUUUUUUGAUUUUUUUGAACCCUCAAAAUAUUAUAAAAAUAGGCUAUUUUGGGCUUUGAACCCUUAUUUCUCGAAAACUAGAAAGUGAUGCAGGUUAAGACUUUUAAUAUCUUUUUCUGGUACAUCAAGGAUUUUUCUGACGAAUUCCUAGAAAAUUCCUAUCUGCAAUCAAAAAUAACCCUCCUUGUAAGCUGGGGAAAAUAAAUUUCAUUUUCAAAAUUCAAAAAAAUACGUUGAUUUUUUUGCUUUUUUUAGUUGCUAUGUACGGCAAAAAAACUUUUUAUCACGACGUUUAGCAGAUUAUUCGAUUCAGAAAGUUUCGACAGAAGGAUUGCACACAAAUGUAAAAAUCGUACUUGUAAGUGGGGAAUUUCCACAUUGUUGUUUUUUUCGAAAUCUAUGAUUAAUUUGUUUUUCAACAAGUUAGCCUCUAUUUGCAGGUGCGAACCGAGUAUGAGAAGAAUAAGAAGUACUACGGUCGGAGGAUGUACAGGUUGGUUUUUUCAUAAAAUUUUAUAGAAAGGCGUUUCUUGGAAAAAAUGCUUUUUCAUGCUGAAAUUGAUGAAAAACUUCUUAGGUACCGUAAUUUGGGCGUGAGAAGCGUGGCCAAGAAAAGUUCCCUUCACCAGCAGCCGACGAAUUUUUCCAACGAUCCUAACAAGAAAAAUCCGUAA